AUGGCUAGUGGAGGGACGACGUCAACUGGAAGUCGGAGACGUUGUGGAAGAAGCAUGAAUGGCGAGUUGAGUGCUGACAGUGGGACGAUUCGAAUCGGGAGGGGUCGACUGAGAAAAGGAGAACAUCCCAAGUGCUUCUGCAGGACAUUAGCUGUAAUAUGCAGGUCGCGGACGGCAGAAAACCCGAAUAGGUUGUUCUUUGGUUGUCCCUAUUUCAAGGAGAAACAAGGUUAUUGUAAAUUUUUUGCUUGGUUUGAUGAGAUUUUUGGGUAUGCGAUGGAGGAUGUAGUGGAAGGGCAUAGAUUGGCUUAUGUGGACAGUGGUGCGGUUGAUGAAGGUGUUGUAAGGUUAAAUGAUUGCUUGGAAGACAGAGUGAAGCAAUUGGAAGAUUUGUUGUGGAAGAAGGAUGGGGAUAACCAAUUUGUGAAGAAGCGUAAUGUGUUCGACUUUCUUAGGGGUGUAAUAUGUGGUGCAUUGAUAGGUGUGGUUGUGUUUUGUAUAUUUGUGAUGGCUGUUUAG